AUUACGGUGGUUAUCAACAAGCUGCCUACUGAUACCUUGCAUGCUCAGACGGCAAUUCUACAUGCCCCUCACGAGGACCAUAGUCACCUCAAUAGGUAACCAUCCAGCGCGGCAUACUUGUCUCGUCAACUAUCCGCUGCAGGAUACCCCACCCCUAACGAUCCUCAGGCUCACUAUAUAUUAAUCUCGAUCGUUCCGGCGCAACUCCAUUCCAGCUGCCCAAUAUGCCGAUGUAUGUCGUCAGCUGAACAGUGACCUACAAUGAUUACAUGGCUCUACCCCAGCCAUUGGAUUCUUCUUUGCUUAGCCCCUUCGACGACGAAGCAAUGGAAGAAGCCUAUCCUACGCAUGAUGCUGUGCCUCGAACACUAUAUCCCAUUCACGUUGUCGAUGAUCCUUUUACUGCCGCUAGCACAACAUCUGCACCUGAGCGUCUCGCAAGCGAGACAUCACCAAUGCCCAGCGGCCCGAUGCCGCAUACGCCGUGUACUAAGAAGGCGAUGCCUAUGGUAGCAUCUAAACGCUA